GUGCGAAUUAUAAAUGAAAAUUUCAAUAAUAGCAACAAUGAUGGUAAUGACUGGAAACAGAAGAUUAGAGAAGGAAGGAGGAAGAUGCUAGGAAAACACCCGGAUCAAAUUCGUUUGCGAGAUUAUUUGGUUCUUUGGAGCAUGAUGGAAUCGAACCAUCAGUUGUUUUUCCAAUGGAUGAUGGGAACAAUAAUGUGCGGAUAUUUGCGUUGGAACUUGACACUGUUUCCUCGGCAAAUAUUGGAUGAUACGCAACAGUAA